AUGCUUCGCCUACGAACAGCACACACGAUCUCUUCCUUUGCGCGGACAGCCCAGAGGGCCAUGUCUUCAACUGCUCUCCCUCCACACCCUCCUUCUCUCGAUGAGGAGGCGGCCCAAUUCGAAGCACGGACGAAAGACAUGGAAGACUUCUUCUUCCAACCUCGCUUUGAAGGCAUCAAGAGACCUUAUACUGCCGCCUCGGUCGCCUCAAAGCAAGGAACUCUUCCGGUGACUCCUCUUCCCGGUUCGCUCCUCGCCGACAAGCUCUUUGCGCUGUUGAAGAAUAAUGCUGGUGAUGGAAAGCCAGUGCACACAAUGGGUGCCAUUGACCCAGUCCAAAUGACCCAGAUGGCUCGUAACCAGGAGGUCGUGUACGUGUCGGGAUGGGCAGCGUCGAGUGUUCUAACGACGGGCAACAAUGAAGUUGGUCCAGACCUUGGCGAUUAUCCUUACACCACUGUUCCCAAUCAAGUCCACCGUAUCUUCCGUGCCCAACAACUGCAUGACAAGAAACACUACGAUGAACGUAUGACCGCGACUGCAGAACAACGGGCUAAGAUGCCUUUCGUUGAUUAUUUGAGGCCCAUCAUCGCUGAUGCUGAUACUGGCCAUGGAGGCCUUUCCGCUGUUAUGAAGUUGACCAAAUUAUUUGCUGAAUCUGGAACAUCCGCCAUUCACUUAGAGGACCAAUUGCACGGCGGAAAGAAAUGCGGCCAUCUCGGAGGCAAAGUCCUCGUACCAACCUCUACUCAUAUCUCUCGUCUUAUUGCUGCUCGCUUCCAACUGGAUUUAAUGAAGUCAACAAUGUUGUUGAUCGCCCGCACGGACUCGGAAUCAGGGAAACUUAUCUCGUCAAAUGUUGAUGUCGCGGACCAUGAAUUCAUUGUUGGAACAACGACCAAGGGCUCUGAACCUCUUGCGCAAGUACUUUCCGAAGCUGAGGCGAGAGGUGCAACGGGAGCUGAAGUUGACCGUCUUGAAAAGGAUUGGACUGAAAGCCACGAGAUGUCUACUUUCAAUCAAGCCGUCGAGAAGGCUAUUGCGUCGUCUAGCAUUCUGGAUAAGGAAAGCGCUUUAAAAACCUAUCUAUCGGCUGUUGACAGCAAGCCCAAUUCUGUGGCGCGUGAAAUUGCUACCGACAUCCUUGGAGAACCUGUGUUCUGGGAUUGGGAUGCUCCUCGUACUCGUGAAGGCUACUACCACUACACCGGCGGUGUUGAAGCAGCCAUCAAGCGAACGAAGGCAUUUGCACCCUAUGCUGACCUGCUGUGGCUCGAAACGAAGUCGCCGAACCUCGAGCAAGCUAAGUACUUCUCUGGAAAGAUCAGGGUACAACACCCCGGAAAAUUAUUUGUCUAUAACCUCAGCCCAAGCUUCAACUGGUCUCAGCAUGGAUUCUCAGAUGCUUCCUUGAAGAGCUUCGUCUGGGACUUGGCUAAGGAAGGAUUUGUUCUUCAACUCAUCUCAUUGGCAGGCCUACAUAGCAAUGCUGUUACGACUGCUGAACUGUCUUCACGCUUCAAGGAAGACGGAAUGCUUGCGUACGUAGAGCUCAUCCAGCGCAAAGAGAAGGAAAUUGGCUGCGAUGUUCUGACACAUCAAAAAUGGAGCGGUGCCAACUACAUCGAUAGGAUCCUAUCGACCGUAUCAUCAGGAUCGUCGAGUACUUCGGCCAUUGGAAAGGACUCGACAGAACACAGUUUCUAG